AUGUUCAAAACUCUGCCUGAAAAGGUAGCUUUUAGAGCCUUAAAGCUAACUCUACAGCUGAUAGCCCCUCUCCAUGACAUUGUGGCCUACCUCUUCAGUUUGGCUAAACUUGGAAAUUGUCCAGCAUGUUUUGAAUUUCCUCUAAGUCCUAACCCUCUGAGAGGCGACUGGGGAGGAACUAAGGGUAUUGGGUCUGAGCUUCAAGAGCUGCAGAAAAUGAUUGACAGCCUCCAGAGCCCCAAGGACCCCACUCUGGUGUCCCAGGUCCUCCUCCUUCGAAGGGAGGUUAUGUUUCUGCAGUUUGAUGCUGCAAUGAGGUACCUCAUCCGAAGAACAUUUUUGGCAGCUGGAAAUGCUCCUGCCUACCAGUCUGUCACAGAUGACAUGUAGCAUGGGUUGCCGCCACUGAGCAACUCUCUCAGGAAGAGCAUCUUUGCUUCCCAGCUCAGCCUGCCACAGCCGCUGGAUCCACAGAGCCUCCAGGCAUUUGUGCUGUUCCCUUGGAGAGCAUUUCUGGAAGAUGGAGGACCGUUUCCAGUUACAAGUAGCAGCCCAGAUACCCUAGAAUAUAAGAUGCAGGUAGGAUAG